AUGGAAAUCAUGACCACCACCGCCUCUCGCAGCGCUUUCUGCCUCCCGGGAGGUUUGCAGACCCUCUCCGCGUCCUGCUACCGUCAUAACCCUUACGCUUUCACUCUUCUCCAGGAGAAGGACCGCGAGAGGGCCACCGAGUCGUUUGGUUACAUCUACAGUAUCCUGACAGACGAGGGCAGGACUUCGCCCGCUCCGCCACAGCAGCGAAGGAAGGCGAGAAGGGGCGUUGCCGGGAACAAAGGCGGCAGCAAAUAUGACUCCAGCUGCCGUGACCCUGAGAUGCAGCAGCUAGACUCGUCGUUCGCAAAGAGCGGUGGCGCGGCAGAUAGCAGCAACGAUGAUGGCGUGAGCGAGACGAGUAGCGACUCUGGUAGCCACUAUGGAAAGGAAGUGCUCGGGAGCAACCUCCCUGGGUUUUCCGUCACCAGCUCGCAGUCGCACCCCGGUGCCAGCUCUGCCACCGCUGCCGCCACUGCCAUCCCAGCUGCCGUGCCGUCCGUCAUCCGCUACGCCUCGGUGAACUUCCGCUUCGGCUCCGCCUGGUUCGUCGCUCCGUUCCGCACGUUCACCGGUGACAUGGUCGUGGUGCAGUACCCGGGCAACAACAGUUUGCACAUGGGUCUCGUCAGCGCUAUCACGACGGCUAAGCCCAUCACCUUCUACACCGAGGAUAACAUGGAUCCGAACUACCUCUCUCCCGAGGAGCUGCAGACUGUGCCUCGCCUGCUUCGCCACGCGCGCGACUUCGACAAGGAGACGAAGCUGGACCUCCGCAGACACGACUUGAGCUCACUCGCGAACGCUCGGAAGCUCGGGGCAGAUAUUGGGGCCCCUGUCCAGUUCCUUGACGCAGAGUGGCUGCUCGACCUGAGCGCCGUGACGUUCCUCGUGAAGGUGUUUGGUAGCACGGCCCUCGCGGAUAAGCUUGUGGACGAGCUGGCAAUGCAGGAGGGGGCCGAGGUCGUCUUUACGUACCCGGUCUCGUCGACGACCAUGUACUAA